UUCAAGAAGCCAACACGGAAGUCUGAAGUAGAACUCAUCUCCAGCACACUGACCAGAUGAAUUCCUCGCAGUUGCUCGCGGCUGCAAGAGCGAUCAACUCAACAAUCUACCAGUCCCAGUCCCCAUGGAGAUCAGAUGUGAUGGCUACGGAAUCCUCGUUACAGCUGCAGAGCAACCUCCACACGGUCCUCCCAUGCGUCCUCUCCUUCUUGGCCGCGGCCAUCUCCAGCGCCGGGGGUGUCGGCGUCGGCGGCGGCUCCCUGUACGUGCCUAUCCUCAACGUCGUGGCCGGGCUCAGCCUCAAGACGUCCACGGCGUUCUCGACUUUCAUGGUCACCGGCGGCACCCUGUCCAACGUGCUCUACACGCUCUUAGCCCGCGGCCCCGGGUCGGACGGCCAGCCGCUGAUUGACUACGACAUCGCGGUGGUCUCGCAGCCGUGCCUCCUCCUCGGAGUCAGCAUCGGGGUGGCGUGCAACGUCAUGUUCCCCGAGUGGCUCAUCUUCCCGCUUUUCUCUGCGUUCCUGUCUUUCGCGACGUUCAAGACGUAUGGUAACGGGAUGAGGCGGUGGCGCGGCGAGACGGCGGCGAUGAGGAGGGUGCCUGAGGGAGCGAGCGCCGGAGAGGGCAUAGAGGAACUGCUUAUCGGCCGGAAGGGCCGCGGGUUUCACUGGAUGGACUUGGUGGUGCUUGGCACGGUCUGGCUUUUCUUCUUCAUCAUUCACUUGUUCAUCAGAGGUGAGGGCGCCAAGGGGGUAUUUGACAUGCAGACAUGUGGAGUUGCAUACUGGCUCAUCACCGUGGCCCAGAUCCCUAUCGCCAUUGCAUUCACAGCGUGUAUUGUGCACCAGAAAAGAAAACUACAAACUGAAAACUGCCAGGUGGUUGAGCUGGCAAUUGCAGUGAAGAGCAGACUGGAUGCUAUGCCGGUGUACGUCUUCUCAGUGGCUGCUCUGCUGACCGGCGUCAUGAGUGGCCUCUUUGGCAUCGGAGGUGGCCUGCUUCUGAACCCUGUCCUACUCCAAACUGGAGUACCUCCAAAAUUCAUAAUCCUGGGCGUUGACGGGAUCGCGGGGGCGUUGGUCUAUGCCACCGCCUGCUUCGUAGGUUCGAUCUUCGGACUGGUUGUGAUCGAGGGCGCCAUGAGGAAGUCGGGCAGGGUUUCGCUCAUCGUCCUAUUGGUUGCUGCCGUCUUGGCUGUCAGCAAAGGCGGCAUCGCUUACUCCGGCGCAGUUCGUGUCUGGGCGCAGUACACGAGCGGGCAGUACAUGGGCUUCGAGCUCCCCUGCUAG